AGGCCCCCAAAAAUAAAUCCUGAAAAAUCUUAGAAAACCUUUCAUAUUUCGCCUAUUUAUGCAGAGUUCAAGUUAAACAAACGGCCUAAAGAUGCCUCGAAUAACUAAAGAUCAUAUUAUGCUUUGUGCCCAUGUCAUUCUUCGGGUACCAGCCCUAUUUCUUAUGGAUUGUUGGUACAAAACCAACCCGGAAGCAAUCUUGGAAAGAUAUGGAAUUGGAAUGGGCCACAUCAGAGAUGCAGAAAUGAUCCUCUCUUCUCUGUAUUAUGCAGUCAUCCUGAUUGCUGUGGCGCUGAUGUUUCUUCCCAUGGAUAUGCUGUUCCAGCUCUACCUUCACAUCUUGUGUGGUGGACUCCUUCUCCUGGCACACUUCACUGCCUUCAAGUAUGUUGAAGAAGAGAAAGCAGAGGAAAAUCUACAUUCGUCCGUCUUUGAUGACAAUGGCAGCAUGUACAGGCUGGGGAUGCAUCUUGUAAUUCAAGUGAUUCUAAGCUCUGUUGUGGCAUACUUGAUGCAGAUCAAAGACUGGACAAGAUUCAUGUUACUCAUGUACACAUUGCCAAUGAUCGCAAGGGCAAUCAAUUUUCCUGUAACUGAACUUCAUGUGGUACACAACUUCUCAGCCAUUUUUACCAUGCUUAUGACCCUAAUGGUUGUUUUUAACCAUGUUGGGACCACCAUCGAUACAGUGAAGACAGGACUAAACAAUGCCCAUGCUAUGGUACAGAACAUUGGUUGGCUCCACUUCUUUUUUACUCUUGUGGACUGGUUCCACAUCCCACCUCAGUUCUUCGUCUUCUGGGUCAUGACCUUCCUAGCAGAGUUAUACAAAUUUACCUUUGUAAAGAACUACCAAGAUGGUGUGGUCAUAAUUCUAUUGGCAACUGUGGGGGAGUGUUGCUCCACCCCUAUCAGUCUGAUUGGAUUGUGUAUAACUGUGUCUUAUACAUCAUGGUUCAUCUUGACUUUGACUAAACUUUAUCUAAAAGGCUGGGAAGGUAUGAAUCUGGAACGGGAGCAGACUGGAUGGACCGAGGGUUUCACAAUGCUACUCUUGGGAGUGCAGACUGACAUUAUGGAGCUAAAGGCAGCUACGCGGGCAUUCUUGAUGAGUAUAGUCUUAUUCAUUGUGGUGUUAUCACUCAUCCAAUCAAUGUAUGAACUCACUGAUCCAGUUCUCCUUUCACUAAGUGCGUCCCACAGCCGGAAUGUUGUACGCCACAUCAAAACUGUCCUCCUCGCCACUUUCCUCUGGAUGUUUCCCCUGCUAAUGACAUGGGCCAUUUGUCAGUUCUUUGACCUGGAUUUCUGGCUUUUGGUCAUUAUAUCUAGUUGUUUGUUGACAUCCAUGCAAGUGUUUGGAUCACUUGUUGUGUACUCUUUGUUCAUCUACGAUUCAUUAUUGACUGAACCUUGGGAAAACUUAGAUGAUGUUGUCUAUUAUGCGAGGGCAGUUACAAGAGUCUUGGAAUUUGUUGUUGCAGUAUUCGUUGUGUUGUACGGUGCUAAAGAAUCUGUUUAUGGGGAAUGGAGUUGGAUAAAUUCCUCUAUUUUAAUCAUACAUUUCUACUUUAAUGUCUGGCAGAGGUUGCAGACGGGCUGGAAAAGUUUCCUCCUGAGACGUAAGGCGGUGCAGAAAAUUGAAUCACUGCCACUAGCUUCGCCAGAACAACUUGAGGAAUGCAAUGAUCUUUGUGCUAUCUGCUUUCAAGAAAUGACAUGUGCUCAUAUCACGCCUUGUAAGCAUUUCUUUCAUGGUAUAUGUCUCCGUAAGUGGCUCUAUGUACAGGACACCUGCCCCAUCUGCCACCAGGUUAUAAACUUUCCAAAUGAUGUAUCAGAAGAUGAGUCGGCCGAUGUACCUGAUGCUGGAAUAAGAAAUGAUGUAGUUCCACCACCUGCUAAUGAAGCGGAAGACAACCAUGCUGGAAAUGCAGAUGAGGACGGUUUGGAAAAUAGAUUCUUAAUAGAAAAUAACGACUCUGAUGAAUGGGAAGAUGUGGAUGAGGAGGAGAUCAUUGGAUACGAAGGUGGUGACAGUCACAGCGAUUAUGAGAGCACGGAUUCUCUCAGCGAUUUUGAACAGAAUCCGUCUGAAAGGAAAGCCGACUUGGAAUCUGAUCAGGUGCGCCCCAAGGUUGACGGUGCUGGGGACAAUGAGGCUAAUUUGUGAGCAUGACUGGGUUAAUGAGGCUGUAUCGGAAUGUAUUUGGUUUCCAUGUCAAUUUAAUGUUGUGUUUUGUUCAAGAGAUAAUGUCGCAAACCAGCUGUCAGUCACAUCCGACAUUGUCCUUGUGUGUUGUUCAAAAGACGCUGUGGCAAUGAUGUUUCAGUGGAAAGCCAUGUUUGACAUUGUCCUUGCGUGUUACUGUUGUUCAAGAGACUUUGCCACACUGAGGUUUCAAUAAAGUGACAUUCGACAUUUUCCUUGUAUGAUUUCAAGAGGUCGCAAUACUGUUAACAUUGUUAAAUGAUCAACCACAUCUGAGAUUCUUCCUAUUUGUGUAGUGGAUUGCUGUUAAUUUUUCAAAUACUUCAUGGUAUUCCCAUAGGGGUGGUCCUUCUUAGCUUGGUUGACAAUAGCUUGAAUUAAAUAAUCACCAAUACAUCAAGUCUUUAAUCAGGUUGGGGUGGAGGAAGGAUGUGUAAUCAUUAUUUCCCCAAACUGAUAUGCAUGUCUGGUGAGGGGAAUAAGUCAUAGUUUUGUUCCACAAUUAUGUAACUGGGGAACUUGUACAAUUGUCUCCAAUCUCACUGUAAAACAGUUUAAGAGGGAGGAGGACUAUGUUCACUGGUUCAAAAUUUCCUGAUAUGUUGGAUUAUCCCUUUACAUGGGCAAUGAAAAUUGAUAAAACCACUUAGACAAGGCUGUCAUAUUUGAUAGCCCUUGGUGGCAAGAGUCACUGGAGUCCUGGAGGGAUUUUCAACAGAUGUAACAGGCCAUCAAUUUGUAAUUCUGUUUGUGACACAUCUACCUUGAAGGGUACUUUGCAAGAAAGAACACUGUCACAAUGCCAGGACGAAAGAAGGUCAAUUUUUGUGUCGCAAUAUUAUUGUUAAAAUUGAGUGCCUGAGACGAUGAGGAGAGAUUGUAAACAGUUAUCUGCAUUCAAAUCAUUUUUCUUCCUCGUGUAAUAAAUAUGUUAUAUGAA